AAGUGUGGACUUCUCAUUCCGAAGAUCGAAAUCCCACACACACACAAUGAUCGCAAAGGUUGCUUUCUUAUGCGCUGCUCUUGCAGUUUCCAGUGCCAGUGUUCUGCUAAAGGCACCUCUUGUCAGCACUGGUGUCAGUUCCAGUUCUAGGACACAAGAUGCUUAUGGAAACUAUGCUUUUGGUUACGAUAUCGUUGACAAACUUGGAGCUUCCAACUCCCGAUCUGAAGUAGGUGAUGGUUAUGGCAACAAGAAGGGAACCUACACCAUCCAUGAUAUCGAUGGCAGAGCCAGACGAGUAGACUAUGUAGCUGAUAAACUCGGAUUCCGUGCCGCUGUGAAGACCACGAGCCAGGAACAGCUGCCAGCACCCCUGCUGCAGCCCUCAUCGCUAGCCCUUACGCUGGACCAUCUGUCGAUCACAUUGCCCCAGUUGCCACUGCAGUCUAUGGACAUGCUGUUGCCGCUCCAGUUGUAGCUGCUGCUGCUCCUGUAGCAUAUGGAGGUGUCAUCGGACACGGAGCUGCUUUAGACUAUGGUUACGGACUGGGAUAUGGAUAUGGAGCUGGCAUUGGCAAGGCUCUAAUCCAUUAAUUACACAAUAAAAAUGACAGAUUCUGUAAUGUCGAAUGUAAUUUAUUUAAUUGUUGCCAUGAAUCAUGGUUAUGUUGUGACAAAUAAAUCAUUUUAUAUCUAGCA